UGUAAAGAGUAUACAAGCUCAAAUUACUCAAAAGCUCUCCCUCUCCCCAUCUGUCCCGGGCAGUCUCCCUCCGCUAACUUCAUGGUCCUUCAUCCUUCUCUUCUGAAACACCAAAAGCUGUUAGCCUUCGUACCCAAUGUUAACCUUUCUUCGCUACAAACUCCACCACUCUUCUUUUUCUUCUUCUUCUUCUUCUUCUUCUUCUUCUUCUUGUAUUAGUUCCUCAAAAGUCCCACCUCUUCAGACUUUACUCAAAAAAGGGUUCACUCCCACUCUCAAAUCCAUUAAUCAAUUUCUCAUCUUCCUAUCCCAAGCUCGUAAACUCAACUUAAUCAUCCACUUUUGCUCUCAAUUGAGCUCGAACCAAAUUAAGGGAAACUCCCAAACAAGUUCAAUAUUUACAUGGGCUCUUCUAAAAUUGCGGAGGUUUGAAGAAGCAGAACAAUUCAUGAGGACCCAAAUGAUAGAAAGUUUGAAUUCUUCGACAAAUCGCAUGUGGGACUCUCUCAUUCGCGGCCUAUGCAUUGAUCACGAGGACCCAGAAAGAGCAUUGUUGGUAUUACGGGAUUGCUUGAAAAGCAGAGGUAUUUUGCCUUCUUCUUUCACCUUUUGUUCAUUGAUUUACCGAUUUAGCUCUCUUGGUGAUAUGAGUAAGGCGAUUGAGGUUUUGGAGUUUAUGACAGUUGUGAAAUACCCUUUUGACAAUUUUGUUUGUAGUUCGGUUAUGGCUGGUUUUUGUAGAAUAGGGAAACCGGAAUUUGCAGUGAGAUUUUUUGAGAAUGUUACAAGUUCUGGAGCUUUGCAGCCUAAUGUAGUGAUGUAUACUGCUCUAGUAGAGGCUCUUUGUAAGAUGGGUAAAGUUAAUGAGGUUUGUGAUUUAGUAUAUCGAUUGGAGAAGGAAGGUGUGGAGUUCGAUGCUGUUUUUUAUAGUAGUUGGAUUUGUGGGUUUAUUUCAGAAGGGGUUUUAUUGGAGGUGUUUCAGAAGAGCAAGCAAAUGGUGGAAAAAGGAAUAAUUCCUGAUACCGUUAGUUACACUGUACUAAUAGAUGGGUUUUCAAAACUAGGAGAUGUGGAGAAGGCAAUUGGAUUUCUUGAGAAGAUGAGGAGUGGUGGACUGCAACCCAAUUUGAUUACGUUUACUGCCAUUAUGUUGGGAUUUUGUAUGAAAGGGAAAUUAGAGGAGGCAUUUGAUGUUUUAAAAAUUGUCAAUGAUUUGGGGAUUAAAGCUGAUGAAUUCAUGUAUGCAACUUUAAUUAAUGGUACUUGCAAAAAAGGAGAUUUCGAUCGUGUUUUCCAUCUACUAAAUGAGAUGGAGAAGAGAGGGAUCAGUCCAAGCAUUAUCACUUACAACACCUUGAUUAAUGGAUUGUGCAAGUUUGGGAGGACAGCUGAGGCGGAUGAUGUUUCCAAGAGCAUAUCGGGAGAUUCAAUAACUUACACUACACUAUUACAUGCGUACAUGAUUGAAGAAAAUUUCAGUGGGAUAUUGGAAACAAAGAAGAGAUUUGAAGAAGAAGGUGUCUGUAUGGAUGUUGUUAUGUGCAAUGUACUUAUCAAAGCUCUGUUUAUGGUGGGAGCAUUUGAUGAUGCUUAUAUGGUUUACAAGGGAAUGCAAGAAAAGGAUUUGUUUGCUGAUUCUGUUACAUAUUGUACCUUGAUUCAGGGAUAUUGUAAAGUCGGAAGAAUUGAUGAGGCAGUAGAAAUAUUUUAUGAGUUUAGGAGCACAGGAAUUUCUUCAGUUGCCUGCUAUAAUUGUCUUAUCAGUGAACUCUGUAAUAGGGGUAUAGUGGAUAUGGCAACUGAGGUGUUUAUUGAACUCAAUGAGAAAAGUCUGGCAUUGGAUGUAGGUAUCUGUACAAUGUUAAUCAAAGAAAUCAUAGAAGGGAAUAGAGCAGAAAAGAUUUCAAAUUUACUUUACAGGAUGGAGAACAUGGGUUCGGAUAUGUAUGAUAUUUUAUGCGAUACUGUGAUCAGUUUCCUGAGCAAGAGAUGUUAUCCUGAGGCUGCACUUGAAGUGUUCACAAUAAUGAAGAGGAAAGGAUUAACUUUAACACGCAAGUCUUACUAUUUACUUAUAAAAGGUCUACUUGCAGUUGGAAAUAAGGAGAUAAGUUUAACUCUUUUAAAUAGCUUUUUGAAAGAAUAUGGUGUUGGCGAACCUCGGUUAAACAAUGUUUUAGCACAUUAUCUAUGUCUGAAAGAUGUUGAUAUUGCCCUUUCAUUUUUAGAAAAAACAAAAGAUAAUUCUGCAACUAUCACUUUGCCACAUAUUCUUUUCAAGGAACUUAUAAAAGAUGGAAGAGUUUUAGAUUUGUAUCAACUUAUUAUGGAGGCCGAGAACAAUCUACCUGCAGUGGAUAUCUUUGAUUAUACUUACGUUCUUGACAACCUCUGCAGGGAAGGACAUAUCAGUGAGGCACUUGAUCUGUUUGGUUUUGCUAAGCGAAAGGGGAUUAAUCUAAACAUUGUAUCUUACAAUUCAGUUAUUGGUGCACUAUGUUGCCAAGGUUGCCUUGUUGAAGCAUUUCGGCUGUUUGACUCGUUAGAGAGGAUUGAUUUAUUUCCAUCUGAAGUCACAUACGCUAUUCUAAUUGGUGCUUUAUGUAGAGAGGGAUUUCUACAAGAUGCCAUGCAAUUGUUCAAGAGGAUGGUUCUCAUGGGCUUUGAACCUAACAUUCGUGUGUAUAACUCAGUUAUUCAUGGUUAUUGCAAAACCGGUCAAAUAGAGGAAGCCCUAAAGCUGCUUGAUGAUUUUGAGACCAAAGGCCUUAAGCCUAAUGGAUUUACGGUCAGUGCACUGAUCCAUGGGUAUUGCCAUAAUGGUGAUAUGGAAGGUGCUCUUGAAUACCUUUCUGAGUUCAAGAAGAAAGGUGUAUUACCUGAUUUCUUGGGUUUUGUGUAUUUAAUAAGAGGUCUAUGUGCCAAAGGAAGGAUGGAGGAAACCAGGAGUAUCAUUAGAGAAAUGCUUCAAACCCAGUCUGUAAUCGAGCUGAUAAACAAAGUUGACACUGAGGAAGAAACAGAGUCUGUAGAAAGUAUGCUCAUCUACUUAUGUGAGCAAGGAAGUAUAGAAGAAGCACUUACUUUGCUUAAUGAAGUUGUGACCAUACUUUUUCCACCUCAGAUGUGUAGUUCAUAUUUCAGCGAAUCACCUAUACAACAACCCCAUUAUGAAAGGGAUGGUUCUGCCCUGUCAGAGUCUAAAACCGUUCCUGAAAGAAAUGAUUUGCUCUUUGGAUCAUUUAGUACAAAGGGAAAGAGAAGAGUAAAAGAUCAUGACAAAUUAGGAAGAUCUCAGUUUCAUGAUUUUGACUAUUACUACUCAAAAAUUGCUUCUCUUUGUACAAAAGGGGAGCUGCAGAAAGCUAGUAAUUUAGCAAAGGAAAUACUUGCAAAGUGAGAUUCAGACUAAUGGUAGAACUGAGUUUUUGGCUAGUUUAGUCAAUGGUGGAGCUCCUUUCCCUGUGACUACCUCUUCAAGAACAGAAUGAAAACUUAGUGGUGAUGAAGCAGCUUUUUUAAUUAAGCUGACAGCAGUGGGAAGUAUAUGCUGUUAGGUUUGUUCCAGUAGAAUGCAGCAAAGAUAAUUGAAGCUGAAGAGGUGAGGUUUUACCUGACACAUUUUGGCCAGAACACAGCAACCUUUUGUUCCUCAGGUUUCGACUAUAGCUGUUUUGGUUGAGAAAUAUACCUGUAAGCUCUCUCAGGCAGCGCCAUAUGAACUGAUGUGGCUUCUUUCCAGAUGCAGGAAUCUUCAACAUCAAGCUAUCCUUGAAUAGUUUACUUUGCAGCAGUAGAGAAGGAAAGAAUAUGCACAAUGACUUCAUAAUUUCCUCCAUCUGUGUGUCACUAAUCACCGAGAUGUCUGAAUCAUAUAUGGUGAAUGUCCAACUAGAAAUAGAAGCCUCAAUGGCAAAACGAAAGGGUGCUUGGAAAGUUUAGUGAAAUAUGGGCAAGGAAAUCAUCUUGGAGCUGAAAUUCUGGCAUAUUGCUGUAGCAUCAGUCAACUUUGCUGCAACAAAGUCUGUGCAGCCAGCAACAUAAAGUUUGCACACUUGGCAAGUGAUUAAAUGAGGUGGAGAGACUUGAAUAGUGAGAGGAUGAGGUGGAAAUGAGCUGACAAAUUCUGGAAAAAAAAGUGGUCCCCACGUGUAGAAGAAAAAGAAAAGGGUUUAUACCCAUUUUUGAAACCCUAGAGAGAGAACUUUAUCUUCUUAUAUCUUGGAGCAGCCACCAUAUUAGGGAGAGCUGCCAUUGAAGAGAGAAAAACACCCAGAAAAUGAAGAAAAAGAAAAAUAUAUAUUUUAUUUGAGUGUGAGUUUUAGGUUUUGGUAUUUUCUUUAGCAAUUUUAUUUAGAGAUUUGAAAAAAAUCAAGAGGAAGAAGAAGAGGAUUUUGGGGAAAAAGCUUGGAGUCUCGUGACAAACUCCAUAUGGGUUUUUCUUUUUAUCUUUUUCUAAUUUAGAAUUUUGUAUUUUUGCACAUCUAUUUACGAGUUAAUUUCUA